AUGAAGGCAUUUGCGUUCAUUCUGUCCGUAGCCGCCUCUUUGGCCGCGGCAUCGGCUAUUGCCCUUGAAAAUAAUGCUCACACCCCGGCCGGUGCUUCCAUAACCCUUCCUCGCUCGCCGCUCCCCAGGGACAGACAACACAAGCAAAAGGACAACUGGGGCAAUGCAGUAGAAAAGGACCGCAAGAGGGUCACGAUCCGGGCAUCCAAUAACGACAAGGACGACAUCAGUGACGACUUCUUGUGGGCUGUCAAGAAGGCCAACAAUGGCGGCUUGGUACACCUGGAGAAGGGGAAAAAGUACGUCAUCGGCAAGAAGCUCAACCUGAACUUCUUGAAGGAUGUGUAUGUCAAGAUCGACGGCGAGUUGAAGUUUACCAACGACAUCGAGUACUGGCAAGCGAAUAACUUCUACUACUCGUUCCAGAAGAGCAUCACCUUCUGGGUCUGGGGUGGAAAGGACAUCAAGAUCUACGGUUCCGGGAUGAUCAACGGCAAUGGCCAGGCCUGGUGGAACGGAUUCGCGGGAUCCGAGAUCUUGGACCCGGACAACACAUAUUACCGCCCGAUCCUCUUCCUCACGGACAAUGCCACCAACAUCGAGGUCAAGGGCCUCCACCUCAAAGAUUCUCCAUGCUGGACCACUUUCUUCGUGCGCACCAAGAACGUCGUGUUUGACGAUGUGUACAUCUCAGCCGUCUCCAACAACGCAUCCGCCCUGCCCAAAAACACCGACGGCUUCGACUCGCUCAACGUCGACGGCCUGACGGUGACCAACACGCGCGUCAACGUCGGCGACGACUGCUUCUCGCCCAAGCCCAACACGACCAACAUCCUGGUGCAGAACCUGUGGUGCAACGGCACGCACGGCGUGUCGAUGGGCAGCAUCGGCCAGUACCCGGGCGUGAUGGACUACAUCUCCAACGCCUACAUCCAGAACGUGACGCUGCUCAACGGGCAGAACGGCGCCCGCCUCAAGGCCUGGGCCGGUGCCGGCGUCGGGUACGGGUACAUCUCCAACAUCACGUACCGCGACAUCCGCGUCGAGAACACGGACCGCCCGGUCGUGCUGGACCAGUGCUACUUCAACGUCAACGAGACGGCGUGCGCGGCCUACCCGAGCCGCGUCAACAUCACCGACGUGCGCUUCAUCAACGUGCACGGCACCAGCAGCGGCGCCCGGGGCCGCGUGGUCGCCGACCUGACCUGCAGCCCCGGCGCGACCUGUAGCGGCAUCCACCUGGAGGACAUCAACAUCACCAGCCCCGCCGGCAGCCCGCCGCAGAUUGUGUGCGAGAAUAUCGAGGGCGAUAUCGGGGUCGACUGUAUCCCCGCCAGCGAAGCCGAUGAUUGA